UCCAAUCUGUCUGUUGUCUCAAAAGCAUCUAUGUGUGAUAAAUCAUCUCCAUGUUCUGAGCUACCCCUGGCAGGAAGAUCUUGAUCGAUCACUGGGCUGACACGCAGGUCUCAUGAGUGGCCGGUUGGGUGGGUUCAACACCAGAAACCACCCGUCACACCAGUCUCACACCCACACCAUGAAGUAGAGAUGACACGACCAGCGGCGCAGCCCGCUUCUCCAGCAACAUGACACCAAUUCAAUAUUGCUUUACUUUCACCUGAACCUUCCCUCCAAAAGUUAUAAGACGAGCCAUCGUGUCGACCAUCUCAUCUCCCCUUCUUCUCCCCAGACCCCAGCAAAAAAAAAAAAAAGCCCCUUCCAAAAAACAAAAAUGGCCUUCUUCAAACUCCUCCUCAAGCUUUUCAAGCGCAAGCAAUCCAAAGACGCCAAGAAGAAAAAGGACAAAAAGAAUAAGCAACAACAGCAAUUCGUCGCCGUCCAACAGCCCGUCCCCAUCCAGCAGUCCAUCCAGGGCGGCAAGGUGACCUAUGUCCAGCCUGUUCACCACCAGCAGCAGCAACAAUACGUCCAAGUCCCCGUUGUCCAGCAGCAACAGCAAUAUGUCCAGGUCCCCGUCCAGCAGCAGCAGCAGGCCUUCAACCCCCAGGCGGCGGCCAACAAAGUCAUGGCGCAGCAGAUGGCUGGGUACGCCAAUGGCAUGACGGGGAAUAAGAUCCCGCAAAAGUAUGUCAACCAGGGCGCGGCUUACGCGGCGGGGUAUAUGGGGAAACAGAAGGCUCCUGCCCAGGCCCAGGCCGGCGGUUACUACGCCGUGGCUGCUUAAAAUCUCCAUGACAACCCAAACAUGACUGAUGCGUGAUGAGAAGCAAGGCGUUUUGGGAAUUUGUUUCAGCGUUCAGCAAGGCCGAAACGUGAUAAUAAUACAUCAUAAUUAUUUUAUAGACAGCAAAAAAACCAAAAAAAAAAAACCCAAAAUCCCGCCCCACGAUAUCCAAUAUGUGAUCAUGCCCAAUACAUACCACCAUCCCCAUCCUUUGGCACAUCCCUCCAUUCAAAACCCAAACACAGGUAGAUAUCAUCACUCAUUCCACAUCCCAUACAGCUGAACUCCCCAACGCCCCCCUUUCCCCAC